AUGAUAAGAUCGACGAUUCUACCUUUCAACGCGCUCCCAGCACGUCGCCCACCUCCUUCAGCCCAUCGGCUCGACCGCGGCUUGCGCGAUCGUGUCAGCGGCAUGGCCGCGAUGGCGUCGCCCAAGUCACCCAAGUCGCCCAAAGCACCACCGAUGAUCCCGGGACUGGUGAACCAUGAGAUGACCCAGAAAGAGUUGGAGGAGAUCUCCCAGCAGAAGAUGGACGUUCCUUCGGGCCCGGCUCCACCGGCUGGAUCCAAUCCCGGUGUCCAAUCGCAGCUGGAGCUGCUUCUCCACAAGGUGGAUGUGUGUUUGACAGAGAUCCUGAACGUGAAAUCCAUGGCCGGGAAGGAGUCGGAGAAUCUAUUUGGUGCCAAGAAGGGCAGCAAGAAGAGCAAGGUCAGUUGGGGCAACUUCCCUGAUUCGGAGCCUUCCUUGCGGCAGACGGCCAUCCCCGAGAGGCAGGAGACGGAAACCUACGACAGCGCUGUCUCAGAGGACGGGACGAACGGUGCGCGGGCCAGCGAGUGGCCAACGAAGGAUCCAAAGAGAGAGACUGGCAUCAACCGGCAAUCGGAGUGGCCAACGAAGGAUCCCAAGAGAGACACAGGCUUCGCCCGCCAAUCAGAGUGGCCUUCGAGUGCAUCAAAGAACUCCUCACCACCUGCAUCAGGUUCGGAGAAAGAAGAACAAGUCAAUGGUGGAGGGAACUCACCAGUCCACAGAGCGGGUCGAGCAGCCAUCGUCGCUGGUGGGGUGGACCUGCAUGUGGCAUGGAAACUCCAAGCGAAGAAGAUCACACAGAUGGAUCCGGGAGUGGAAUUGACUCCUAUGAUGCGAUUGGUGGAGCGCUCAACGCUUGAGAUUGUGUGGGAGUUCUUGGAUGAUCAAGAUUCGAGCAGAGGCGCAUGGUGGGCCUGCCUGUUCCUCCGCACGGUGGUCGUGGUCUCCUUGCUCCUCUCCUUGCUCCAAAACACUGAGGAGCAAAUCAUGGACCCCGUGGCCACCGCUGUUUGGGAAACCUCCGUGGAUGUGCUCUUCGUGGCAGAGUUUCUUGCACGUGUUAUCUCUUCACCGUACAAGAGAACAUACUUCCUCGAUCCUUUCAAUUGGGCAGAUAUGCUCACCGUUUUGGCGCUGCCUCUGCGAAUCUCUACAGGCUUUGUAUUGGAGUCUUCCCCAGUAAGCCCUGCGGAGGAUGCCGUUCACGUAAUCCUCAAGUUUGCAGUUCCACUGGUGCGUUUUUUGAAGCUCCUGCGAUACUUCGAAGUCUUCCGGCUGCUGAUUGAUGCCUUCAAGAACUCUGCGGAGUCCUUGCCGGUGCUGGCCUAUAUCAUGUCCUUGAUCGCGCUCGUGGGCGCCACUUUGAUCUACCUUGCCGAGGAGCGCCGAAACAUCCCGUCUUUGCAGCAUGCCAUGUGGUUGGCCAUCGUCACCAUGACCAGUGUGGGCUACGGCGACUUCUUUCCGGAGACCCUGGCUGGCUACCUGGUGGUCUCCUUCCUAACCUUUGUGAGCGUCUUAUUCUUGGCUCUGCCCGUGGGCAUCAUCGGCCAUGAGUUUACGGCCUCUUGGAAUAGCCGGCACAAAGUGCUCCUCAUCACGAAAGUGCGGAAAUGCCUGGAGAAGUGGGGCUAUUCGGCCAAGGAUGUCAAGGUCCUUUUCGAUUAUGUGGAUGUGAACGGGGACGGUUCGUUGAACCUCAGUGAGUUCAUCGAGCUGAUCCGGCAGAUGCGAAUCGGCAUCAGCGUUGAGAGUGCCUUCAACAUAUUCAGCCUCUUUGAUGAUGACCAGAGUGGCAGCCUUGAUUCCACUGAGUUCCUUCGGCACAUUUUUCCCGAGGAGUAUGUGAAAGCACAGCAAGAGCAACAGACGCCCGUGAGGAAGUCGCGAGCCGUCGCUGGGAUGGCCCUGCAGCAUCUCGAGCACUUGUCAGUGUGGACCACCAAGCGAGAACGGCUAAGCCGUCUCGCCCGACGGAGCUCGCCGGCCUGGUCUCUAAGUGGCCAGAAGCUGGACAUGUCCAGCGCUGACCUGGGACCCUAUUUGGAUACUGCUCCGGCCUUCAGCUCUUUGGGAAGACAGGUGGUCUCCACGUCCAAGAGCUCUGGGACCUGUGCCUUUGGAAAGGCCUCACGAGAGACAGCACAGAAGAUGGCCAUGUGCAUGACACACACUGACCGCGGGCCAGCGGGGCAGAUGAAAAAGCUCAACUUUCACAUGGACUUGCCGAAGACUGCACCAGCGUCGGUGAAGAGAUAUGGCUUGUAG